AAUGCUUAGAGAUAUCUCUCGUAAUAAGGGUUUGUACAAGGGACUUUUCUUAACCUUCGGAUUAGUGCUGAUUAUAUUUUGCUUUUUUUUGAAUGUAAGUGAAGCAGACAAGACAUUAACUAAAGUAAAAUAUUUUUACACAUUUUCUGCAAGAGUUCACACAUCUUUAGAUGGUAAGGAUUGUUAUGAAGAUAUUUUGAAUUGUCAAGAUGAUUCAUUCUGCAAAACAGUUAAAACAACUCCUUAUUUAGGUGGAUUUACUUUGGGUUUUAUGGUAUUAGUUCUCUUAUUUUCAUUUGGGGAAUCGAUUAUUAGUAGAAUUAUUAAAAAAUACCAUAUUUGGAUAAUCUAAUUGAUAUUACUAUUCCUUGCAUGGGCAUUGAUAUUGAUCAUUCCUAUUUUGUAUUUGACAACAAAAGGAAAGAAUUGGAAUUUAUGUUGGCUACCAAUUAUAUUUGAAUUUUUUGCAGUGAUUGCAACAAGUUGUUCAGCCAUUCUUUAUUAUAAAAGUAAUGAAAGCAAAGGUCCAGGAUUAUUAUCAUGA